AUGGAUCUAUUACUACGCCAAUCUGGACCCACACUUAUCGGAAAUCGAAUUCAGGUAUUUUUUAACAAGUUUGUUCAAUUUCAAUACUUUUUUGAAUUUUUUAAAAUUUUUAACUACAAAAUUUAUAAAAAUCUUGUUUUGUUGUUUUUGAUACACUUGUUUACAAAAAAAUGCUAAACUAAAUAUAAGGUUUGUUAAAAUAAAAAAGCAACUAAAAGUAAAAAUAUUAUUCUAGGCAGUUGUUUUGGUUUCAACUUAUGGAUUUCUGUACCUGAAUCAAGUACUCUUCGUACUGUUUUUGUCUCAAAAUGGUGUCACAGACCUUCAUAAAAAUAGAAAGUUAACGUAAGCUUCAAAACACUAUACAUGUAUUUAAUAUUAUAUAAAAUAUACUAUUCUUAUAGACAAAAUGAUAAAUGAUUUUAAAAUUUUUUUCUUAAACUAUUGGUUUUCAGAUUGAUCAGUAAAAAUGAGACGUUAGGAAUUCUUGACAAGCCUUUUUUGACUUUUGAGGUAAGGUUUUCUUAUUAGAUUGUUCAAAUAAUUCUGUGCCUUCUCUCAAUACAAUUUUUUUAGAGUCAAGGGGCACAGAAUUAGUUAAACAACUUAAUGUAACAAAUAAACCUACUCGCUAUACCGAACGUAUUUUACAUACACAUUUCAGUUUUUACAUUACAACUUUAUCACCAAAAAUGCAUUGUUAAUAGUAUUCUUUACUUAUUCUGUUGGUAAUGGCAUCGGUUACUUAUUCUCUGCUUUGUUGUCUCAAAAGUAAGUUAUUUGGUGUUGAAAAGUACGGUAAUUUGAUAGAUGCAAGUAGUAAUUGUUAAUAUUAUUACUAUUCAUUUAAACUUUAAUUUUAAUAUUGUAAGGUAAACCUGCGUAUUUUAAAAAUUAAACUUACAGUUUAUCACCUCGAAAAGGUCUCAUUAUAUUUACAUUUGUUCAUGUCAUAACCUCGUUCAUAUCAGCUGUCUGUCCUAUCUUUUGGGCUUACAAUGGCUUUAGAUUCUUCAGUGGAUUCUUAAGUGGAGCAGCUUCACAUUGCUUACUUUGUAUAUGUAAGUUGAUUAAUUUGCAGUAAUUUUAAAAUUUUUAAAAGCAUGUUGAUGUAGCCUUUCUUAACUUAAUGAUACCAAAUCCAAGCAAGUUACACAAUAUUUAAAAUUUUAGUAGUCGACUGGUCAUACCCAAAGUUCAAUGCAGUUACCGGUCAUCAUGUUAACGUUGGAAAAGUCUUGGCAUUUCUGUUGUCAUCAUUAGUAAUAUUAGUAAACCUUGGUGUACCAUGGAGAAUAACAUUACUUGGUCAAGGAAUUCUAACUUUUAUUGGAUUUGUAGCAACGAUGAUGUAAGUUAUAUUAUCAUUUGUUCAGAUUUUGUAAAUUGUUAUUACAUUUUUAUAUUUCAAAAAAGUUUGAAGAGCACAUUAUAUUUGUAGUUACCUUAUAUAGUAAAAUAAAAGCAUAUUAGACCGUGUAACCUAUAUAUUAUCAUUCAGUAUCUAAAUUUUAUAUCACAUUCAGAUGGGUUCACCAAUCGCCAAGAUGGCUAAAGGAAAGGAAUGAGUUCAAACUGCUGAUGGAAGAAGGAAAACAGUUUGCAAUGCGAAUAAAAUACGAUGGACGACCAUUGUUGGAGCAAGACUACAAUGUAAGAUACAUAUAUACCGCAUAGUAAUAUUCAUACAUAAGUCCUAAAUAGUAAAUAUUUAAUUUUGUAAAAUACGCAUUUGCCAAAACAUCUACGUACUGGACUGUUCAAAUAAUUCCGUGCCCCUAACCCCGAACAUUUGCUUUAAGAAAAGGCACAAGAUUAUUUGAACAACGUAAUUCAUCCCACGUAGUCAAAGCUUCUUUUUGUAAAAUACGCAUUUGUUCAAAACAUCUAAGUGCUAUACAUACAACUAUAAUAUCAAAAUUUUUAGGCAAAUGAACCAAGUUACCAUUUAGAACAUAUCACACCUGGACUGGAACGUGUUUGUUUAGUUUUGGCUUAGUAAGUAAAACAUAUAUUUUAAAAAUUUUAUCGAAAAAAAGAAAAAAUUGGGCUUAAACUUAGAUUAAUGAUAAGAUUUCAGUGGCUUUUCCUCAAGCGGUGAACUACUAGUACAAUCAAACUUUAAAGUCUCAUCUUUUGACUUCAAGUACUGCCUACUCAUGUUAGCAGGUAAUGUUGCUCUUAAUAUGAAGACUGUUAAUGUCAUUUCGUACUUUAAAUCAAAACAUUAAGUUUCGUAACAAAAAUAAUAAUUUAGGCUUAUACCUAAUCUCCUACCUACUAUCAAUCCCCUCCCGUCGGGUACCACGCUUCGGAGUAUCAUCAGCUGCCGUUUUUGGAUCGAUAAUAACAUUUCUCAUCAUCUUAAUCAAGAAAAAACCAUUGGCGACAUUGAUUUUGACUAUUUUUAAAAAUGGAUUGGCAAUAACUGCCAACCAGCUCAUGUUUAUGACAUUAUUAAACAGCUCUACACCGUUUGACGAUCCAACCAACGCUCAGUUGGUACACUCUAGGAUCAAACUGGUCGUGUUGGCUGAUUUUGCCGCUGGAAUGGUCUUUCGACCAGCUGCUUGGUAUGUUCAUGUUACGGUAGGUUUUAUAGCCCUUUUCUAACUUUAAACUUUUAUCAUAUUUGCCAGCUUACUACACUAACCUAUAGGCACUUUACUACUGUAAACUACGUAAAAAUUGAGUAUUAAAAGUGCAAACUUCAACUCCAAUAUCUGUCUCUAAUCUGUUUCAAAUUAUUUUACAUAAACCUUCUUAAUUACCCUGUCGUACCACCCUCGCGGCAGCAACGUCGUAUCUCCGCAGUAGUUUUUUUUAUGUGAAGUAAUCCAAAAAAGUUGUACAAAAAACACUUAAGUCCGUCGCUUUUUAUGGGCGCGACGACCACACAUCGCGACAAAAACGAGCGAUUUUACGAGUUGUACGAGAUCGUGGGUCGAGGUUUCGAGUACGGUGGUACUACGCCUUGA